GAUAAAUGUUGACGCCCCUUUAAUGUUCUGGAUAACGGAAAGAAGCUCAGUCUGUAUGACAAACUGGACUGAUGUUCUCAGGGAAGAAAUGCUAAUCUGUGUGGUUUCGGUUCUGCUGGGAAUACACAGCUCUGCUGCUGUGACCCACUCCCUGAAACAUUUCUACACUGCAUCGUCUCAAGUCCCAAACUUCCCAGAGUUUGUGGUUGUUGGUUUGGUUGAUGAUGUUCAGACCUUCUACUAUGACAGCAACAACCAGAAAUAUGAGCCCAAACAGGACUGGAUCAGGAAGAACGCUGAUGGGCUGUUUGUGGAGCGACGGAGUGGAAUCUGUCUGGCUGUCCAGCAGAACUUCAAAGCUGAUGUUGAAAUGGCAAAGAAGUCCUUCAACCAAACUGGAGGUGUCCACAUUGUCCAGGAGAUGCGUGGUUGUGAGUGGGAUGAGGAGACUGGAAAGGUUACUGGCUCUUUCCAGUUUGGCUAUGAUGGGGAAGACUGGCUAGCAUGGGAUGCGGGGACAAACACAUGGAUCCCUGCAAAACAACAGGCUGAAAUUACUACAGACAUAUGGAACAAUGACAAAGCUAAGCUGAAGUCUGAUAAGAACUACAUCAACCAUCUUUGUCCUGGGUGGCUGAGGAAUUAUGUGAGCUAUGGAAGGAGCUAUCUGAUGAGAACAGAUCUUCCAUCAGUUUCCUUUCUCCAGAAGACUUCCUCCUCUCCAGUCAGCUGCCACGCUACAGGUUUCUACCCGAACAGAGCUGAGAUGUUCUGGAGGAAAGAUGGAGAAGAGGUUCAUGAUGGUGUGGACAAAGGAGAGAUCCUCCCUAACAAUGAUGGGACCUUCCAGAUGAGUGUGGACAUAGAUCUGUCCUCUGUUGCAGCUGAAGACUGGACCAAGUAUGAAUGUGUGUUUCAGCUCUCUGGAGUCAAAGAAGACGUCACCCACAGACUGGAGAAAACAAGGAUCUUGACCAAUGAAUCAAAUACCAUCAAUCUGAUCAUCCUUGUUGUUGUUGCUGUGGUUCUCCUUGGUCUCAUUGGUCUGAUUGGAUUCAUUAUUUACAAGAAGAAGAAGAACGGGUUUUUUUCAGGGCUUAAACCUCCAGUCAAUACUCAAUAUACCAAGACUUCAACAUCAUCUUCAUCUAGUGCCUCACCAGACAAUAAUCAAGGCAGGACCUCAUCAGACAAACCAUUGCUAGAGUGAAAAAAUGACAACUAACUAAUGAGGACUCUGGACACCGUUAUCUGAACGCACCAGAAACCAUCAGUCUUCAUCUCUGCAUCUAAUUAAAGCCUCAGAUUUAAAUAAUGAUGAACUAUUUUUAUAUUGUUUGAUCUUUCUAGUCAAAUAUUAUUACUGUAUGUAUGAGGUUUAAAAAGAAAAUGACUCAAUUAUUAGUGCUUUUUUUAUUUUAGUUAAAUCCAAAUAUAGUUUAAUACUGAAGAGAAUGAUUUGCCAUUAUAAUGUUCAGUCUGACCUGUUCUAUGUAAUAUUCUACUGGAGACCAUUUAAUGAGUGAGCUUUAGGGUAUUU